AUGCAAUAUAGUAUUUACUUUUUCAUAGAAAUUCGGGAAAUCAAACGCAAGUAUAGUUCAACUUCGGACUACUGGGCGUUGUACACCAUACAAGAAGAUUGGAUGUCGCUGAUGCAGGAGCAAGGGCGGACGGCCAGUGACGAGUACUGCUCGAGGUACUCGCUGAGAGGAGACAGGCUCGCUUAUAUACGUUCUCUCUCAAACCUUCAUUUGGAACAGCUCCUUAAAUCCAGUAUGAUAGCUCCUACGACCGAAGCCGAAGAAUUGAACCGUUUCUCAGAUAUUGAAGAGCUGAUGUGUGGCGUUCUCUUGUCAGGAGCGGACUCCCUCCUCGUUACUAACAGACAUAUCAAGACUAAAGGGAAAAUGAGUACUGUUACUGAUAUUUUCACAAGUACUGGUGACCGAGCCCAUAUUGGAAGCGAAAGUGUGAACCACAACAUCACUAAAACGUAG